CUCGAGUUCUCCAGAAGGACAAGUCGGCCGCUCCAUUCCCGCCCCGUUAAACCCUCCCGCCUCUUCCAGAACCUUCCGGAAGAAGAUUCCGCAAUCGUCGCCUGUCCACUCCUCAUGGCUGCAUCGGCGUCGGCAGCGGGCGGCGAGCCCCAGAAGCAGCUCCUAUCCAUCAUCCGCGACUUCGCCGCCGAGAAGUCCCACGGCGAGCGCACGGUGUCAGGCCUGAAGCGGCGCCUCGACGACGUGCUUGCAGCAGCCGACGCGGCUACAUCCGAGCUCGAGGCCGCGAAGCGCGCGCGGGAGGCCGCGGAGACGGAGCUGCAGGGGAGCCAGGUGCAGGCCUCCAUCGCCGCCGCGUCAAUACAGGCACUCGAGGCGACGAUCUCGCAUCUCCAGGAGGAAAUCUCAAAGGUGGGCUCUGAGCUGGACGCCCUUAAGAGCAAGGGAGACAGUGAGAGAUAUGAGUUCUUCAGCCAGAUGCAGGAGUUGAAUGGAAGGAUAAGGGAAUUUCAACAGAUAGCUCAUGUAGAAUUAGCAGAGAAAAAGGGCUUUGAACUAUCAUCAGCAGAUGGUCAUAUUGUCGGUGACAAGAAUGAAACUAUUGAUUCUGAAGGUAUUUUGAAAGAUUUGGUUGAUAAGGUGAGCAAGAUUGAUGCUGAGGUGCAUGCCUUGGAUGCGGAGUAUCAAAAAGACCUGCUCGAUCAUGAAAAGCUUUGUCAGGAACUGGCUGCUAUCCAAGCAAAGAGGACUCUUAUGGAAGCUGUGGUGGGAGAGAUGAAGCAGUUGCAAGAGCUCGGGGGGCGGGUAGCUGAAGUGGAGAAAGCGCAUGCUUCACUCACUGAGGAGCUGCAGAGGCGUUACGCUUGCCCUGGCUGUGGAGUCAACAACAUGGUUGGGAUGGAGGAGGCGCCAGUGGUGGCGAACUAGCUACACAAAGUGCUGGUUGCUGUGCAUGGACAAGUUUGGACUGGUGAAUGUGAGUUCCUGUUAGGUGGUUGGUAAAAUUGGUAGAAGUCAUUCGAUCAACUGGCUGUACACUUCGAUGCAUCCAUGUUGCUGUCUAGUGCUGAAAAACGGUGCAAAGAAAUUUCACUAUCUCUGUUUCUUUAUUGCGCUAGUUUCGUUCGCA